UGCCUUGUCUCUCCCUGUGGCCUGUUGCAGUCUGAGGACAGCGCCUACGAGGAGCGGCAGUACCCAGCGGGGAAGUGGGCCUGCGUCACCAUGGGGGAGCCCAUGUACGAGCAGAGCAUCUCCCUGAGCUUCAUGAAGCUCAUGCGCUACAUCUGCAAGGAGAACUCCAGCGGUUGCUAUCUGGGCAUGACAGUGCCAGUGCUAAACGAGAUCCACCUGACCAAGGAGGGGACCGAGCUGGCACGCGAGGUCCUAACUGCCUUUUACCUGCCAGGAGCGUUCCAGCAAAACCCCCCUAUCCCCACGGACCCCGAAAUCCACAUCGUGGAACGGGCGCCGCUGCGGGUGAUAACCAGGGUUUUCUACGGCACGACCACUGAAGAGACGAUCCUGCGCGAGAUCGGUCUCUUCUGGGAGCUCCUGGGCUCCACAGACACGGUGCUCCAGGAGACCUACAUCGUGGCCGUCUAUGAGAACCCCAGCGUCCCUCAGCGCCGCAACGAGAUCUGGUUCAUCCGCCGGGCGGAGUGAGGC